AUGAACCCAUUCCGAACCAUCAUCCAUCCACCCACGUCUCAACCAAAAGAACCAUACCGUAUGCCCCCGAAAGACGAAAUCAACGAAGAAGAUUCCCUCAGCAUCAAAGCCUCCGAAGACGAUGACUUCCUCUCCGGCGAGACACUAACCCGAGGACCUGUCUCCGAUCCUUCAUCACGGUAUCUGCCAUGGCUGAAGUAUCUACUCCUGGGCAUAGCCUGGACAAGUUCGAUAGUUACCGCUGUUCUUAUCACUAGUCGCAAGAGCCGUGAUUGUGGUGGUCUUGCGCGCGUUUAUGAUACAGAAUUAGGGCCUAUACAAUCCGCGAUUAAAGUCCAUAAGGUCCGAUUCUCAGGCAAUCUGGAGUUUGACGAUAAUGGUACGCUUGUCGAGACGUAUUGGGAUGGACAAGCGCCUAGAUAUACCGGGGAACCGAGCGAUGAGUUAGACGAGCGCUGGAGAAGUUUGAUCAGAGCUGAUGGCGUGGAUCUCCGUGGUGGCGAGGCCGACACGGUUCGAGGGACAACAUAUGAGAAGCCAGGAGGUUGGUCGCUUGUAGGGAUCGAUGUGUUUCAUCAGCUUCAUUGUUUGAACCUCCUACGCCAGGGCCUACGUCCAGACUACUACACAAAACACGACGACGAACCAGCCUACACGAUACACAUAAACCACUGUCUCGACUACCUCCGACAAGCAGCCAUGUGCAACGUCGACGUAACGCCCAUCCCAGUCCUCUGGAGUGAGCGGGAGGAUCGCCCCGUGCCCGACUUCCAGGUCGAGCACACUUGUCGGGAUUUUUGGAAGGUGCGAGACUGGGCGAUGGAGCGGGAUGCGCAUCGGCAUGGAUUCAAGGGUGAGCAUGAGCAUUAG